AUGAAACGGUGGAAGUGGUUCGCGUGGCGAUUGGUGUGCCUAUUGUUAGUUUUAAAAAUACACACCGUAAAUGCUGAAACUAGUGACGUGUCUAACGAUCCCGCUGAAACUGAAUUUGAACUACUAAAAACAGUCUAUCGGCAAAAUUUGCUGCAAAACUACGCCGACCGCAUUGUUGAUCAACCCGUGGAGGGAGAACAGCUCUUAACACAAAGAAUAGAAAGCUUUUUGCGCGAAACAGUGGAACGAUACGGACCCGGCAGCAAUGGGCAGAAGAGAGUACGGCGAGAUGCAGACGACGCCGAUGCAGCCAUCGAGGCGGACACUGCACAAGCACGACAGCUCUAUCUCAAGGGAUUCCGUGAGCGGGGCCACGUGCCGGUUAACUUUCCAGUGGACAUUUGCUUGCUGCGCGUUGGCAAAACGAUCUUUGCUGCGGCCCUGCACCAAAGCGAAACCAGCAACCGGACGAUGAAUGCCACGGCCGUGUCCUUCUAUCGCAGGGUGAAAGGAAAGUUUGAAAAGUAUCUCGAACAUCAAACCGUUACCGCCCGCCACUUUGACUGUGUGUCGAUCGCGCACCUAGGCUUUGUGGCGGUCGUCAACUACCACGACCAGGAGCUGAACGUGUUCGGGGACGGUUCGCCCGUCUUUCAAAUCCACGAGGACGGCCGCACCGAGCUGGUGCAAACGUUCGGCCAGCCGAACCAGAACACGGUACACCUGUGGGUGCACGGCAAGCACGUCUAUCUAGCGCACACGUACAUCAAUCUGGACGCGGAGCGCGGCAGCACAGCCAACGUCUGUCCACUGUACCGCUGGGCCGGCCAGUACUUUGACGUGAUCGAUCAAAUGCCGUGCUACAGUUCCGUGCACAUCGAAGCGUUCUCGAUCGAGCAGCAGAUGUUCGUGGCGGUGGCAAACCAAAUGUCACCGGCGCAGGGCAAGGACACGUUCUCCGACAUCUUCCUGCUGAACCCGGACACGCAGAAGCUCGUGCUGCACCAGCGCAUCUACAUCUACUCCGUGUCGCAUAUGGCGUACUUUUUCUUCGAAGCGCGAAACGGGCGGCGGGAACACUUUCUCAUUACUGGCAACUCGGUUGAUGAGGAAGGUGGCAAGGAAGGUGGUGAUGGCCCGAAGCCAUCGAACGGCAUCAAAUCGCGCACUGUCGAGCGGAGCUCGAUCGUGUACAAGUUUGUGGACGGAUACUUUGUGCCGUUCCAAAACCUGGAGCUUACGGGUGUGAAGAUGUUUCUGCCGGUUGUGCACGAAAAUGGCGAAUUUCUGCUGCUCGUCCACUGUCACGACCAGCCGCUGCUGAUUUACGAGUACGACGGUUGGAAGCUGGCACCGUCCCGUAUCGACUACACCGGCGAAGCGUUUGCGGCCGGCGUGUCCCACAUGCGCGUCUACCGGCACAUCGUGAACGCGAGCGUCAUCGUGAUCGCGAACAGCAAUCUGUUCGGCAAGUCGAUCAAUCUGUUCACCCCCCAGUACGGGGUGCAGAACGAUCUGCGCCGCGUGUACGCCCACUUUAUCGAGUGGUGCGAGCGCAUGCACGACCAGCUUGGGCAGGUGAAUCUGGAGCAGCUGUACAACAAGCUGGUCGGGCUGCCGGACAAUGCCCCGGACGGGGCGCGCAUCGUCGAGAAGGAUCUGGUGCUGCAGGAUUCGGCGGUGAGGACGAUCAAAGCCAAAACCAUCGCGACGAAGCACGGCCUGGUGGACGAUGCGUUGCUGUCGUACGUGAUCGAGGUGAACGAGUACGUGCAGCACGUCCAGGAGAAGAUGAACCUGGUCGAGCAAACGAUUCACGGCAGUGUGCUGACCAACGACACGGUCCGCUGGAACGGUGAUCUGGCCGUGUCGGAGCUGAUAGCACCGGCCGGGCAGAUGAAGCAGCUCGAUGUGAAGGUGCUGAACAAUGCGGCACACAAGACGCGCCACACGGAGCAACAGGGCAGAAGGGGGGACGUUCCCGAGGACGAUGUGAUCACGGUCGAUCGGCUCAUAGUGGACCGUAUCGGCAGUGUGCAGUUCUUCAAUGGGCAUGCGGCCGAAAGUUUGCUGCUGGUUGAUGAUCCACCGGCGAAGUGGAAAACGCUUUCCCUGUCGGCCAAAAAAGUCAUCGUCGGAGGCAAUCUGUUCGUGAACAAGCUGAUCGACGGCGUUUUCUUCCACCCGGGCAACGUGCUGCUGCCGAACGUGAAUCAAAUGUUCCCCGCCAAAAGCUUGAUGGUGAAGGAUCUAAGCGUGAACCGGCUGACGAGCAAGCGGCUCAACGCAACCGAUGCCGUCGCCGUCCAGCGCAUGAUGGAUCAGUCCCGCACGCUGCUGGCCAAGGCACGGGGCGCAAUGCCCCGCGAGUACGGGAGCGAUUUCGAAAGCAUCGAUGCGGACGACCUCAAGCUGACCGGGCUGCUGAACGAUAUCGAUCCGCGCGCUCUCUCCGACCACGUGCUGCUGGACGAAGCAGCAGAGCAACAGCUUACCGGCAAACUCGUCGUCGAUCAGCUGGUUGCGCACAAUGUCGUCGUAAGUGAUGCGAAGCUGUCCGACGUGCCGCUUGCAAACGUUGCCCGCACGACGGGCCAUCAGCAAAUCCUACAAGACCUACAGUUCGUGCAACCGAUGGUGGUAGAGCACCUGCACCUGCAGGACCGUCUCAAUCACAUACCCGUGAUCGAGGGAAAGCUGCAGGUGCUGCACCUAUCGUCGGACGAAAUUCAACCCAUCACGGGCACGAAAACGUUCGACUACGUCACACUGCUGCAUCCGAUCGAGCUGCAGGGCAAAAUCAACGGCGAAAGCUUAAGCAAGAUGAACCCCAUCGUGACGGUCGGGGACGAUCUCGUGCUGGACGGGGACUACACGAUCCACGGCAACGUCACGUUCAACGGUGGACUGUGGGCGCACAACAUUCUCAGUGCCGGCGGUACACGCAACCUUCACCGGGUGGCAACGCACGGUUUGCAGGUGCAGACGGCACCACCGCCCGGCCAGGUGCUUAAAUUUUUGCAGCCCGUUUUCGUGGAGCAUCUGCGGGCGGAUCAAAUUAACGAGCUGAGCGUCAACGAUCUCGUACCGCAAGCGGCCGGCGGGGAGGUUCAGUAUCUAACGGGGAGGAAAACGUUCGUCUCGGAGCUGAAGAUUGACGGCGUGGCCGAUGCGAACGAAAUCAACAAGGUGGAUCUGAAUCUGCUCAAUCGCACCAUGCUGCAGCGAGCAGGGGCCGAACAGCAGAUCGAAGGAACAAUCCACUUCGACACGGUUAUUGCGCCGAUUGUGAACAGCAAAAACGUCCUUUUUGAAUCGAAACGACUCGACCGAUUGCUCCGGCUGGACGUGCCGCAAAACGUAAGCGCAGCGGUACGGUUCGAAAACUGUACCAUCUACGCAAGCAACACGAUCGUUGCGGAAGAACUACACGCGGAUCGCCAGUCGACGAUUUACGGGUACGAUUUGGAGUACCUGCUGCAGGAUACGCUCAUGCUCGACGCGGACGAAGCAAACGUACCGACCGUGCAGGGGUUGAAAAGUUUCCGCAAUCUAACGAUUGGGCAGUUGAUUUUGCACAGCGAGGCAACGCUGAAUUCCAUCCCGGUGGAGAACUUGAAGCACAUUAUCGCUGCCGGCGAUAAUCGAACCAUCAUCAAGAAUGAACCGUACAGCUUCCAGAGCGACAUCACCGUGAACCAUCUGCUGUUCGAGGGUUCCAUCAACGGUGUGCCGAAGGAUGCGUUUUGUCGUGCGUGGUUAAUGUACAGUGGCAAUCAAACGUUCACUGCAGGGCAAUCGAUCGACCAUCUUGCAACGGAGCAGUUAUUCGUUACCGGCCAGCUGAACAACGUUACGAUGGAGCAGCUGGUGGAGCAUGCGUAUCGAACCGAUCGGGAGGAAUACAUCGAGCGGGCAGUGUUUCAUCAAGGCAUUGUUACCUACGAGCCGUGCUCCGUGGGUGGUUUAGUCUCGGGGCUUAACGUGAGCAGCGACGUACUGUUGAAGCAGUCGCCCGAAAUGCAAACGCUCGGCACCGUGCACGUGCUGGGCACGCUGGAAGCGAAGGGCGAGCUACACAUUCUGAGCCAACUGAACGGUAUCAAUUUCCCCAAGAUGAUGGAAUUUUUCAGCGCCCCGGGUGAAAACGCCGAAGGCCGGGAAAGUGUACCGGUCGGCAUCGAAACACACGGUAACGUGUACUUUGAGCACGACCCAACCGUCAUCCACCUGAACGGGCACAACGUGCAGAAGCUGUACGGUGAGGUGUGGCUUCCCCACCGGCCAACGGUACUGACUGGCCGGUAUCAGUUUGAGAGCGUUGAGUUCGCCAAACCACUCCACACGAAGGAUCAACCGAUUAACCACCUCAACUGGGACGAAGUGGAAGCACGAUGUUUGAGCGGGAAGCGAGCACAAAACAUUACGGCCCCGGUACAAUUUCUGGGCGAUGUGACGGUCCAUGCGGGUGCCGCGUUUCAAGACGUUCACCUGCAAGGAUCACUGAAAAGCACGCACAGCUCUGCUGGAUUAAAUGUGGUGGAGUACGAUAAGUAUGCUUUGCGGUAUCACGAACCGCAGGAAAUUACCGGAAAAUGGCUUUUCCACCAUGCGGAAGUACACGGAAACUUCGAUGUGGAAACCCUCAACGGCUACAACGUCAAGACAGACUUGCUGAGAAACGAUGCUCCGAGCGGGAACUUUACCGCUGCAAAGCGUUUCACCCAGCUGCACGUAGAAAGCAUCGUCUGUGCUCCGCCCUGUGUCAUACAGGACGUCGAUAUGGAUGAGUGGUACGCGAACGGGCUUCGUUUGAGAGGCAACCAAACGAUAGAAGGGACGCUUCACAUUCGCAAUGGUAUCGUUACCGGCAAUCUGGAAGUGCUCGGCACAGUGAACGGCAUGCAGUUUGAUGCGGAGCAUUUGAUGCUUAAAUCGCUUCCGCAGCAUGUCAAUGGCACGCUGCGGCUGGUCACAAAAUUCCCCAAGGAGAACAAAAUCUACCCGCUGGUGUUUGAAGCGCUGCAAGCGAAUGCCAUCAACGGAAAGGAUGUGGAGCAGUUUUUGAAGAACGUUGCUUUGGCGGGUCAAACCCCAUUGACGGUGAACAUUCCGGUCACGUUUGUGCAGCCACUGGAAGCGGAUGAAACGGUGUUUGAGGGAGACAUGGUGUUUGGUGUGAACGUGACCCAGCUUCUGCAGAGUACUUCCUAUCGUAAAGAUAUAAAUGAACUGGCGUCGCAGGUACGGUCGCUUAACAGCGUCAACGACAAGCUAGCGGAGAGUGUGUUUGAAAAUAGUCCCGUAUUUAGCCACUUUGAUAAAAUGAAACCCUUGGCAGUGCAAGCGGUGCGUAUGCUUGUCCUGAACUUGCCAGUACAUCCGGGGCCGAUGGAUUUGAUAGCUGUUCACAGUGCCGAAUCGAACAGACCGUCCGCCAUUGAUUUCUAUCAUUGGAGUACCGGCAACAAGGGACCAGGUUUAGUGCCUGCCCAAGCGUUCCCUUCGAUCGUUGGACGCGAUCGCACGAUCGUGAACGUGAAGCGGCUUAACCUGGGCCCCAAACAGCACCUGUUCGUGGAGUUCCAGGAGCAUGGUAGCGGCAAACACUUUGUGCAACAAAUUCUAGACCUAAGCCACGAAUCGACGGGCAUGUACAAAUUCAUCCCCCUGUACGUGAUGAACAGUACCCAGUCCAGGGAAGCGAUCGGGAUGAAAAUUGUUAAGCUAGACUGUAUCGUGAUGUACUCGAAGGGAAAGCCGGGUGUCGAAGUUCGCUGUCUGCGUGAACACAAUCUGCUGCAAAUACUGGACGUACGGCAAAUGGAACAAACGAUCGUUCCCCUUCAAAUUGUUGCCCUCGAAAACCAUCUCAUCGUGCUGGACAGUAACGAGCGGAUCCAGAUUUGGCGCUCGACGGCCAGCUUCUAUCUAAAACACCAUCAAACCAUAACUGUAUCGCACCCAUCGUACCUCACUGUCGCGAGGUACGAAAAUCAGCUUAUGCUAGCGAUCAAUUCAGAAAACACACCGAACACGGCGCACCACGGAUCGAUUGAAGUCUGGCGCAAGGGGCUGACUGGGAAUGGUACGUUCGUGCAGCAUCAGCUCAUACUGACCAAGCUGCCCAAGCAGCUCCAGCUUUCCGUGCUACCCUCGAAGGAAAUGCUGCUGUACACGCUGACGGAAAAUUGGCUACAUCCGCUGGUGGUGUAUCGGUACGAAGGGGUGACCGGAUUCAGGGAGAUACUGACCACGAACACUAUCCGGCAGAAGGCGAAACGCAUGUCGGUGCUGAAGCUGCGCCUGGCACGGAAAGAGAUCAUCGCAAUCGUAGGCCCAGAGUCUACCGAUUUUGUGGAGGUUGUGUUUGUUUGAAUGCGUCUUUGUAAUUGUAAAAUGGUUGUUGUUUAUUUAUUUAUUCGUAAAAAAGAUGUUUUACACCGUGUGCCAUUAUUUUUGUGUAAAAUAAGGCAAUAAAAAAUUAAACAAGCAAUUGAAAAGUUUCUUGAAA